AUGGAGGCGGCUCUCGGAGUGGCGAACUGGUUCCUCGGCGAAGUCCUCAACAAGCUCUCCGACGACUUGGUGAAAGCCUACGUGUCCAGCACCGAGCUCGGCCUCAGUCUUGACGAGAUCGAAAGCAAGAUGGUGUACACUAGAGGGCUGCUGGACGAGGGGCUGCUUGAGAAGCUCGGCAAGAAGGCCGACGAGGCUGAGGAUGCUCUGGACGAGCUCCACUACUUCAUGAUCCAGGACAAGCUGGUCGGGACUCAAGAUGCCACUCCGGACUUUGGCGAUGGCCUCGCCGCUCAUGCUCAGCAUGCCCGCCAUGCUGCUCGCCACACUUCUGGUAACUGGCUUUCAUGCUUCUCUUGUUGCCGUUCACAUGAUGAUGUUGCCGCCGCUGCCCAUAACACUCAUAGCACAAGCAAUGCCAUGGAUCUUGAUGGUGACCAUAUUGGAAAUUUGCCAUUUGACCGGGUGGCCAUCAAAAUCGAGAUGUUUCAAUAA